AUGUGGAAGGGAAAAGAGGUCGAGUAUGAUAAAAAUCUCAAAUUUUUGACAAUCAUUGAUUUGUCUUGUAAUAGAUUGGUUGGAAAAAUUCCAGUAGAUUUAACAGAUCUGCAUGGGCUAGUUUCACUAAACCUAUCAAGAAACAAUCUGACUGGAUCCAUUCCAUACAAGAUUGGUCAGAUGAAGUUGCUUGAGAAUCUCGACUUAUCAAACAAUCAAAUUUACGGGCCAAUACCAAUGAGCAUGGUUAAUUUAUCAUUUCUCGCCUACUUGGACUUGUCAAACAAUAACUUGUCCGGUUGCAUUCCACAUGGCACUCAGUUACAGAGCUUCAAUAAUGAGGCUUAUAAAGGGAACCCAGAGCUACGUGGACCUCCGCUUUUGACCAAAUGUCAAAGCACUGAACAAGGAAAUGUUCCAAGGUCACAAGGAAUAGUUGAAACUGAAGAAGAUGAAAACCGGAUUUUGGACUUUGGUUUCUUUAUCAGUAUGGGGAUUGGAUUCAUUCUUGGAUUUUGGGGAGUGUGUGGAACAUUAAUACUUAAAAGUUCUUGGAGACAUUGCGUUUUUCAAUGGAAUGUUCCAGUGCAGCAGGUGGGAGAUGGAGCACCUCCCCACUUUUCAGUUCAAGACGGAGCGGGUGGUGAUUGUGGUGGGACAUCUCGAGGUGCUGUGUCGACAGUGCAAGAAACGACGAAGGAUGUAGUAGUUGAGAUGGAGGAUAAGGGCGCACAAGCAGACAGCUGCACACAUGUGUUUGAGGUUGGAGAAUGGGUCGUGAUGCCGAUCUUAGAGGAAGAUGUCUUGGCAACUCUUGGUCUGCUACGGGGAGACACUGAGAUCACAAAGCGUGGGAAGCAUGAUGUGCUUUAUGUUGACUACGUUGCAGCAAGGAGUAGGUUUGUUUCACGGUUGGUGACUUCCAUUUGUUGUUGGACUACCAAAUUGUUGAGGGCUCAUGAGUUUUCAGAGAUCAGGAGUGCUAGCAUUGCUUUGGAAAAUGUCUAA